GUUUUGUUGAAGUUGGCGGUCUCGAAGGUUUGCAGACAAAAUACUUUGACGCCAUUCCCAGCACCCGCAAGGAGAACAGUAGCUGCGGUUUGCCAAGAGAAGAUGCUUUUCACAUUUUCCGGGACCCUGUUAACUCUGACCUUCCCUGGCCAGGAGUUUUGGUGGGAAUGACCAUCCCGUCCCUGUGGUACUGGUGUACAGACCAGGUCAUCGUUCAGAGGUCCCUCGCUGCUAAAAACCUCUCUCACGCCAAAGGAGGCUCCUUGAUGACUUCCUACCUGAAAAUUUUACCCCUCUUUAUGAUGGUGAUGCCGGGCAUGAUCAGCCGGAUUCUUUUCCCAGAUCUGGUGGCUUGUGCAGAUGCGGAAGUUUGCCGAAAAAUCUGUGGCAACCCAUCUGGCUGUUCGGAUAUCGCUUAUCCUAAGCUGGUCAUAGAGCUUCUGCCUGUAGGACUCAGGGGCCUGAUGAUGUCAGUGAUGAUAGCAGCUCUCAUGUCCUCCCUGACUUCAAUCUUUAAUAGUGCCAGCACCAUUUUCACCAUGGACCUCUGGAAGCACUUCCGUCCUCGUUGCUCUGAGUGGGAACUCAUGAUUGUUGGCAGGGUCUUUGUGCUGCUGCUCACGGUGGUCUCCAUCCUGUGGAUCCCACUGGUGCAGGCUGGCCAGGGAGGGCAGCUCUUUAUUUACAUCCAGUCCAUCAGCUCCUACCUGCAGCCCCCCGUGGCAAUGGUGUUUAUCCUGGGCUGCUUCUGGAAAAGAGCAAACGAAAAGGGCGCGUUCUGGGGGCUGCUGAUCGGGCUACUGCUGGGCGUCAUUCGGCUGGUGCUGGACUUCAUCUACCCCGAGCCCCAGUGCGGCGAGACCGACCGCAGACCAGGCGUGGUGAAGUACAUGCACUACCUCUACUUCUCCAUGGUCCUGGCCGCCAUCUCCACGCUGACCGUGCUGGUCGUGAGCGUGCUCACAGAGCCCCCCUCGGCAGAAAUGAUAAGUCGGCUUACCUGGUUCACACGCGGGGAUCUACCAGUCAAGACAGACCUAGCAGUCAGCCCUCCCCCCGAUGCUGCAAAAGGAGCGUGUGAAGCUGAGCGUCCAGCUCUCCAGAUUGAUAUAAGCAUUGCUUCUGAAAAUAGUUCAAAUGAUAAUAAAUGUACGACUAACGCCAAAGGGAACUCCAAGCUGAUGACCGCCCUUCUGUGGCUCUGCGGGAUGGAGCGCAAACAGGAAAUCGCCCAGAACGCGGCGGCGACUAAACCCGAGNGUGCUGUGGCUUCCCUGGAGGAGAAGCCGCUGGUGAAGCACGUCCUGAACAUCAACUUGCUGCUGUGCGUAUGCGCUGGGCUCUUCCUCUGGGCCUACUUCGCGUAG